UGGCCUUCGUGCGUCGAACGAUUAUCCUGCGGUCUACAACCCAGCCUUUGGAUUUCAUCCGAUUGGGAUUACUUAUCCACGAAGGGUGUUGAUGUUUAUUCCAUGGAUGUUGAACUGAACUCAUUGUAGUUAUGGCAAAUAGCGUUGUUGAAACACACCAACUGGAUGACUGUCAUGUUGCUUUCGACUCAUUCCACAGCGGCGAAACGCCAAAAACGGCGUCUGGAGCUACCAAAUUUUUCCCCAUUGAUCCAACGGAAGUUCUGAAUACUCCGACGGGCCUUGACAAUGUUGGGCCCGCUAAACACGCAACAGAAUCUGGUAGUCUUUUCUUUUCUGACGAUUUCCAAAAACGUCUUCCUGCUCUGGGAUUGCCAUCCGUUGAUCGGUCCGCUUCCAGCGAGGAGAUAACUCGUGAUCUGAAACUCCCUCAAGAAUUCACAAAACCCUUGGAUGCGAUAGACACAGCUGUUUUGCUGAUGGACCAACUGGGUGACGGUCUCAACGAAACGACCCUACAGGCUACAGAUCCGGUUGUCCUCCACCCGCCAUCCUCGAGUGUUCCUGUCAGCUCCACCAUCCAUUCAGCGACCGCCCAUGCUCCUGUACCAAUUUUGGAACACCGUUCACCUGACAGUUCUACCACGAUAUCGAUCAAACUGGAGCCUAUGGUAGCUUCGCCCGUCAAGUUUGGUCCAACCACCAAAACCGAUCCCUUAUCUAUACCACCGCCAAAUCCAACAAGGGAACUCUUAGAAGCAGAUGACGCAUCCUUGUUACAGAGCCCUAGAUUUGAUAUGGCCGAUCCCAGUCAACUGCUUCAUAUCAGUCCCAUAGUAACCGGUUCGGAAACGGUAAUAUCAUCCGUUCAGGCACAACCAGGACUCGGUACUCCUGUACCAGUUACUGUUCCGAAUAGCGUUAGUGAAAAUGUGGUGAGUGUUGGUACGGGCAACACAACGUCCAGUGCUCCGAUUACCUCUGCCAAUUCACCGGGAAUCAAUGGGUUGGCUUUUUCCGCUCGUCCCCAUCCUCCACUGAUUCCUGCGCCACUCGUACUGAGUAACGGCUUGACGUUGGCCACCUUACUUCCCACAGAUGGAACUGGAACUAUUCUGACACCUACCACACCUAACAGUGCUAUGCUUCCUCUGUUGACCUCGUCGGGAUCGAACUUGUUGUCGAGUCUGUGCUCCACUCCCACAAAUACUGGAACAUUCUCAUUCUUAUCUCCGGCAUCUUCAGCCAUCCUUGCCAAUGGUUUUGACGCCUUUCUUUCUCCUGCAGUUCCCGCUACAUCUACACAAGCUGAACAACAGAUGUGUUUGUCGGAGACUUCAACCAAUUCACCAAACGAAGAAAGUAUUGUUAAGUUGGCCACUGAUUCUUCAACAUCACACCUGUCAAUGACUUGUACACCAGAUACCACUAUGAAUGAAGAAGGGGAAUCAAUAUUGUUAUCCAAACGAACCGCGUCUGUUCGGUCCGGGACGGGUGCGCGUCGCCGUAAGGCACCAAGUCGUUCUCGGGGAUGUAAUGAUAACAAAAAUGAUGGGGUAUUACACGUAGUGGGCUACAAAUCUGAAUUGGAUUGUGGCCAAUUCGGAGUGACCUCAAGCGUACUUGAUGUCGUACCCGGAAAGCCACACAAAUGUCCUAUGUGUAAUAAGUCUUUUUCGCGGUCUGAUGAACUUACUAGACAUCAGCGCAUUCAUACUGGUGCCAAACCCUUCAAAUGUACCCUCUGUCAACGUGAAUUUUCCCGUUCGGAUCACCUGACCACGCAUACGAGGACCCACACUGGCGAACGGCCAUUUGUGUGCGAUAUAUGUGGUCGUCGGUUCGCACGAUCUGAUGAGCGCAAGCGUCAUAUGAAGGUCCACCAGAAAACCGGACACAGAAUGGUUGAACAUAUGGACAAGGCGCAUGUCCAGGAAAAAAAGCUUGUGACAUCGACAACAUCUACAACCAAGCUACUCAGUGGACCAAUUAAACGUAGUUCACCCACAACGACUUCUUCCUUGGUACGGUCCGUCGAUGCUGGGACUGUACAGGCUGAAGCGACGCAGCUUCACCAGACCACCACCCAAUCUUCUUUCCCAAACCCAAGUGAUAUACACAUAAUCUGUGAUAACACCGGACCUGCUAAUCAAUUCCCUGAGCAGCGUGUUCUUCUGACCGCCUGCGAGACGCAACCUGGCCAUUUGACCCUUCAUGCGUUUCCCAACACCCCCACUCUCCUUCAGUCGCAUUCGCAAUUUAUAUUAGCUGCUAUUCCUUCCAUGCCCCUGACUUCUGGCCCUAUUUUCGGACAGCUGAAUACCUCCGAAUUUUCGACUAAUUUGAACUCUGCUGCUUUUGCAACGAACCUCGCACAGGGUCAACUGUUUACAGUUUCUCCUAACGUGGCUACGGACACAACAGUUCCAGUCACCUCGUCCGAGGUGGUCAGUAGUUCCACAUCACCGCCUCAACAACAGCAGCCACAACAGAACCAGCAGCCGAUCAUGACCAAUUCACUGUCUAAUUUCGCGAUCCUUUCGGCAGUGCCUCAACAACCAUCAUCUUCUAGUUCCGACUGUAGCUCCAUGGUUAAUUCCAGCUUAACCUCCCUACCAUCCGCAGUCUCCCCUGCUUGUUAUACUCUCCGAGCAUCAUUUUUCCCCACACAACAGUCCGCUGGACAAACCUACUCCACAGCCCAACUUUCACCCUAUAUUACGGCGAUUGCUUGCUCCCCAGACGCACUUGGAGCCAACCGAACGGGUGCAUCAGGUGGCACUGCAUUUUUUCCCCAGACCAUGUUCACCGCACCAGCGGCAUCUGCAUUAAUGGCUUCCAGCCGAAACUCAAACAGCAAUGGCAGCAGUCAGGUUGCGAAUAAUUCGACCAUUGAUAUUUCCAAUUCGUUCCAAGGCACACAGCUGACCCUGCCCGCAGGAUUCACCACUGCCAACGGUACAUCAGCAUGUAUUUUCAUAACGCCUAACCCCUAGUCGUUCCACAUUUAUAUCGCGAGUUCAAUUGACUUCAUUCAUUGUUCUAUACUCCGUCCGUGUACCCAGCCCGUACUACUGUACACUGCCCUUCCAUGAUGUGUUUCUAAUUUCUUGAACACCGGCUGUACCUUACCCCCUUUUUUAUCCCAGUUCGUGCGUGAUCUUUCAUUUUCUUCCUUGUGUGCGUGACUUUGGUCAUCUAUAUUUUCACAGCCUGUGUACUGUCGAAAACCAGGUCACGAGGUAUUGAUCACUUGGUGGUACGCGUGCGCUUGUGUGUAUUUGUGUGUGUACACGUGGCCUUACAUCGCUUCUCUGCCAGCUUACUAUGUUUCUCGGACAAGGCUUGAUAUUCUUAUUUUAUUUGGUCGCGGUAUCGGAUAUUUUAUAACUAAAUCACAGAAAUCUUUCAAUUACUGGACGAAAAUGAUUCACCUGCCUUUAUGGUUUCUUCCACUUGCUUGAAGUGUACAAAUCAGUUUGUGAGUUAUCUACCGUCUAUCCGCCAGUCGGUGGUUACACUGCAUUUGUUGGUCCGUUGUGCACGAGAUAGGCGAUGACUGUGCUCGUGAAAAUAGGUAUUCUGAUUAGUGUGUAUUUUACUGUUUAUAUUUAUCACUCUUGUUUAUUCCACAAUCAAGAUUUCCCUUUUCUCGAUAGCCUCAUAUUUUCCAUGUCUGUGUAUUCAUGGCUUCAGCCCCACCGACACCAUCUUCAUUAUAUAUUUAUUUGACUUCAUCCAGCUUAAAGCGCCUUUUUCCCAACACUUCAAAUAGUAACUGUGUGAUAAGAGGGGUUCAAGAUAGAUGUUAGUCAGUAUAAUAUGUUUGCUUGAGUAUCGGCAUCCAUCCUUGCUUUGUUUAUGCCAUUCGGUCAUUGUAUCACCGGUUCAUGUUUAUUUGUCACUCUUUCGCUAGACACAAAGUGAUACUGACUUUUGUUAUUGCUUUUUCGUAAUUCAUGUCCCCUUUGUUUGUUGUCACCACCAAUCCUCAUUUAAAGAUCAUUUCAGC